AUGGCACAGUUCCUCCGGCACAUGCACCUGCCGGGAAUUGUGUCCUACUCCACAGCCGCCCGCCUCCAGGAAACCCUCGUCUCGCGCUUCCUCGCCUCCAAACCGCCUUCCAACGGGCCUGCACCACCUCCCCACAUCAUAACCGCCCAGUUCGCUCCCGUCUACACGUGUGGGCGUCGAGAGAUUGGCACAGUCUCUCCGAAGCAGCAGCAGUACCUACGCGCCGACGACCGUGCUGAGUUUGUCGAGGCAAUGCGCGGCGGGCAAACGACCUUCCACGGGCCCGGCCAGCUCGUCGCAUACCCCAUUAUUGACUUACGCACCCACAAGCUCACGCCUCGAGAUUAUGUCUGUUUACUCGAGAAGAGUCUCAUAGCAACUUGCGCCAAGUACGGGAUCAAGGCCAUGACGACCGAGCACACGGGCGUGUGGACGAGUCCGGAUGAUAAGAUUGCGGCGAUCGGGGUACAUAUGAGAAGGAACAUUACGAGUCAUGGAAUUGGAUUGAAUGUUGGUACCGAUUUGUGGUGGUUUGACAGGAUCGUGGCAUGUGGGUUGGAGGGGAAGAGGACCACUAACUUUGAGAGGGAGGGAAUUGUGGGAAAGAGCGUGGAGGAGGUGGGGACCGAGUACGUUAAAGAGAUUGCGGGACGACUGCUUGGAGUGGACGGAGUGGAGAGAGCAGGUGAAGAGGAAUUCGCAGAGCAUCUCAAGGUGUGA